AUGUCCGACGAAGACAUUAAUCCAAAUAAAUUCAGCGAACUGCGAAGUAUCUAUAAUUAUCACAUCGAUUCAUAUAAUGCAUUGUAUCAGUUAAAAACGGAAAAAGAAGAAGAAUUAAACUCAAUUUACAAAAUGAUCAAAACAAACUUGAUUGAUUCAAAGAAAUAUUCUCCCCAAACAAUUAUGCGAAACAUUUUAAAUAUCAUUCCGUAUAAUAAUCGCUAUACUAAAUCAUAUUUAUUACUUGUGAAACUAGUAUUUGAUGAUUAUCAUGUCAAUGAGAUCAACAGAGUUGAACUUAUUUCAAAUUUCCUGUUUUACAAAGAAUAUGGAAUUAAAUUAAACAAAUCUGCUAAUUUCGAACAAAUUAAAUCCCUAAAUCUGGAUAUUCAUACUCAAAAUACAAUUCACAGAGCAAUUACGUAUAAUGACAUAGAAACAUUCAUUGCAUUCACUGAAAGAGAAGGAUUUGAUAAAAAACAAAAACUUAAAAGCGAUUUAUAUCCACAUCAUUACGAAGGAUAUUCAUUACUUGAAUUAUGUUGUUAUCACGGAGCAGUUGAUUGUUUCAAGUUAUUGAGAACGAAAUUUAACUCAGAAAUAACUCGAGAAUGUCUCGACUUAUCAUUUUUAGGAGGAAAUCAAGAGAUAAUGAGUGAAUGUUUUAAAUAUCAAAAACCAGAUAGAUGGUGCAUGGAAAAUGCAAUUAUUUCACACAACAUUGAUUUUGUUACAUUCUUGAUGAAUACAGUAUAA